AGGCACAUUACUGAACCUCCCUGCAAACAUUUCCUUUGGAAACGGACGAUUCUCUCUCCUUCAGCUCAAAAUUUUCAUUUUAAGGAUACACUUCGGAAUCGUAAUUUGGGGGAUUCUUUUUACUCAUUUAUACUAGUAUUUAUGGUCCUGAGACAGAAAUAUACUGCUUUGUUGUUUUUUUGCUUUUCUUUGUGCUGUUUGAUAAUCAUCAUCUUAAGAGAAGCUCAGAGAAAAUAUGGAGGAAAACGUACAAGAAAACACGAGGGACUUCUGAUAAUGUUUAGAAUGAGUUAAACAUAUUUCAUGCCAAGAGUCCCCCGAAUCUCCAUAAAUCCCGGAAAACCUCCAUUUUGCAGGAACGGGAUCAGCAAGAACUGAACUUCAGACCAGGGAGCGAAGAGACAACGCAGGCAACAGGUAGUUCAUUCAAGGAAUCUCUGCUUCUUAAAAGUCACCAAAACAGAAAAGAAUGUCCACACUGGCAGAACAAGAAGCUCUGGAUGCUGAAGUUCAGCUACUGAGUAUGUGUGACCACCUGCACUGGACACAUGAGGUGAGGGAAUCAACAGAACAGCAGGGGGCGCCUUAACAAGUUUUUCUGAACUCAUCUGCUUAAAGAUGACAGCCGAAAAACAAAUUACAUUAAUAUUACUUCUGCAAAUCCUGAGCUCUGUGGAAUCGCAGGUCAACCCAGCUGUCUGCCGUUACCCAUUGGGUAUGACAGGAAGACAAAUUCCAGAUGAAGACAUCACGGCAUCUAGUCAGUGGUCAGAAUCAACUGCAGCCAAAUAUGGGAGGCUGGAUUUAGAAGAAGGAGAUGGAGCUUGGUGUCCAGAGAUGCCAGUAGACCCAGAAGAACUGACGGAGUUUCUCCAGAUUGACCUGCGAGUCCUCCAUUUUAUUACAUUGGUGGGCACUCAGGGUAGACACGCUGGAGGACAUGGCAAUGAGUUUGCCCAAAUGUUUAAAAUAAACUACAGUCGAGAUGGCACGCGUUGGAUCUCCUGGAGAAAUCGUCAUGGUAGCCAGGUUCUAGAAGGCAAUGCCAACCCUUAUGACAUAGUGUUAAAGGACCUGGAGCCUCCUAUUAUUGCCAGGUUUUUACGUUUCAUCCCGGUGACGGACCAUUCUAUGAAUGUGUGCCUGCGGGUGGAGCUGUACGGCUGUGCUUGGCUGGAUGGAUUGGUGUCUUAUAAUUCUCCAUCCGGCCAACAAUUCCUUUUACCUGAUGGACAAAUUGUUAACCUCAAUGAUACCAUUUAUGAUGGAGCAGUUGGCUACAGCAUGACUGAAGGGCUCGGCCAGCUGACUGACGGGGUAUCGGGGCUGGAUGACUUCACGCUGACACAUGAGUACCACAUGUGGCCUGGAUAUGAUUAUGUUGGUUGGAGCAAUGAAAGCUUCCCUAAUGGAUAUGUGGAAAUCAUGUUUGAAUUUGACCGAAUAAGAAAUUUCACAACAAUGAAGGUUCAUUGCAACAACAUGUUCUCGAAGGGGGUGAAGAUCUUCAAAGAAGUGCAGUGUUUCUUUAGAUCGGAAGCAAAUGAAUGGGAAGCAAAUUCUGUCGUUUCAGUCUUGAUAAUGGAUGAUGCCAACCCCAGCGCCCGAUACGUCACUGUGCAACUUCACAACCAUAUGGCCAGAGCUAUCAAGUGCCAGUACUAUUUUUCCGACUCUUGGAUGAUGUUUAGUGAGAUCACGUUCCAGUCUGAUGCUGCCAUGUACAACAAUUCAUUAAGUCCUCCACGGCCGGCUAGUGUUCCAACUACAUAUGACCCCACCCUUAAAAUAGACGACAGCAAUACCCGCCUCCUGAUUGGUUGUUUAGUUGCCAUCAUCUUUAUACUUGUGGCGAUUAUUGUGAUUAUCCUGUGGCGACAGUUCUGGCAGAAGAUGCUAGAGAAGGCAUCUAGAAGGAUGUUGGAUGAGGAGCUGACUGUCAGCCUAUCAAUCCCCAGUGAUUCCAAUACAUACAAUGCAAAUAGAAGGCAUGAAUCAAUGUCAACUAGCGAACAUGAAUCCAACUCCACCUAUGACAGGAUAUUUCCUCUUGGGCCGGACUAUCAGGAGCUCACAGCACAAGCAGUGGUAGAAGAGGAAGCUGGAUGUUCUGCUGGAAAGCUUGCUCUACCUACAAAUGCAGAUGGUGUUCCUCACUAUGCUGAGGCUGAUAUAGUGAAUUUGCAAGGAGUCACUGGGGGCAACACCUACUCUGUUCCAGCAAUCACAAUGGAUCUCCUAUCUGGUAAAGAGGUGGCAGUGGAAGAAUUUCCAAGAAAGCAUUUAGCUUUUAAAGAGAAGCUUGGAGAAGGUCAGUUUGGAGAGGUUCAUCUCUGUGAAGCAGAGGGGGUAGAGGCCUUUCUAGACAAAGACUUGAUUUUGGACACAAGCAUUGGUCAGCCCACUCUUGUGGCUGUAAAAAUGCUCAGAGCAGAUGCCAACAAGAAUGCCAGAAAUGAUUUCCUAAAGGAGAUUAAGAUAAUGUCCAGGUUAAAGGAUCCUAAUAUUAUCCGCCUGCUGGCCGUGUGCAUUGCAGAGGACCCUUUGUGUAUGAUAACAGAGUAUAUGGAAAAUGGGGACCUUAACCAGUUCCUUUCACGUCAUCAAGCAGAGAAAGAACCCCUCAGUGCGACAGUAAAUAUCAAUUACACAGACCUCAGAUAUAUGGCGGCACAGAUCGCUUCUGGCAUGAAAUACCUCUCAUCUCUUAAUUUUGUGCAUCGAGACCUUGCAACACGGAACUGCCUGGUUGGUAGAAAUUACACAAUCAAAAUAGCUGAUUUUGGAAUGAGUCGGAAUCUGUAUAGUGGGGAUUACUACAGAAUUCAGGGGAGAGCCGUGCUUCCGAUUAGAUGGAUGUCUUGGGAGAGUAUUUUAAUGGGAAAAUUCACCACCGCCAGUGAUGUGUGGGCAUUUGCAGUGACUUUAUGGGAGAUGUUGACUUUCUGUCAAGAACAACCAUAUAGCGAGAUGUCAGACGAGCAAGUGAUUGAGAACACUGGAGAGUUUUUUCGAGAACAAGGGAAACAGGUAUACCUCCCUCAACCAGACAUUUGUCCGGAUAAGGUUUAUAAGCUCAUGUUGAGUUGUUGGCGCAGAGAAACCAAAGACCGGCCAAGCUUUCAAGAAAUUUAUCAACUUUUGCAGCCAGACCCCGAUUUAGAGGACUGAUGAUUGUCAUAGUCAUUAAGUAACCAUCAGGCAAGUCUUCAAGAAAUGUGCCUCAGACUUUCACCACACCUACAUCAAACACAAAUCUGGAAUCUUUAGAUGUUUCCUUUCCUUGUGGACUUUCAGCUGAGCACAUAUAUUUGUCACCUGGAAAGCCAUCAAUUGUGAAUAAUCUGUUUACAUGUGCUUCCAGUACCAUGUGAGAAAAGCGCAUUGCAAGUGUUUGUUGUUGUUAUUACAUAUUUAAAUCGUUUUUGUUUGGUUUUUUAAACUUUUACGAUAAUCAUUCUAAAAGCUACAAAACAUAUCAGGAAUUUUUGUUUCUCCAGUAAUUUAUAUUCUCAUAUCCAGUGGUAGUAUGUGAUGGCCAUAUCACUUCUGCUACAAUAGGUUAGAGCUACAGCUUUCCAUAGGUGCCUAUAAAAGUGUCCCUAUUAAAAGUAGGAACAAACAAUGCAGGGAAGUAAAUGACUUAUUUAUAACUAUGUUAAAUUUGAUGAUCGCUUGAUAGAAACUGGAGGAUCAAUUUAACUGUGUUUUAUGUUUUUAUAAAUAUAUCCUUUUGAUAAUGCUUAAUAUGUAAAUAGUAUUUUAUUAGCUAUAUAUAUGUAUGUUUUAUGGCAUAAUAUAGUUACUUUAGUUUUUCUUCUUAUGAAGUGAAUCGGUUAGCUGAAUAUGCUGCCUAUGUUAAGGCAGCUAUUUACAGCUACAGGUCUGUAUUUUAAAGGGGUACUCCACCCCUAGAUAUCUUAUCCAAAGGAUAGGGGACCCCCGCUGUUAUUAAAGGACAACUGUAGUGCAAGACUUUUAUAUAUUCCUGU